AUGAGGUCUCCUUCUCUUGCGCGGUUACAAUACCGUGCGAUGUCUGGCUUGGCCAGAUCAUCUCGUUUCCAGUCUCAGGGUCUUCUUCAAUCGCGAUGCGCAUCCACGGCCGCUUUGCGGUCUUCCGCUGUCGCGCCGGCUUAUCAGUCAGUCCUGAGAAAAUGGGAACAGCGACGCAACGCCUCUGCCACUGCAUCUGCAGUUCUUGAGGCUGCCGCCGCUAGCCCGGAGUCCCUGUCGCAAGCCGCUAUUAUCGACAACCUCGACCCCGUGGAGGCUGCUCGCUUGGACAAAGUCCGAAAUAUCGGUAUUGCGGCUCAUAUCGAUAGUGGUAAGACCACUUGUACCGAGCGUGUCCUUUUCUACACCGGCCGAAUCAAGGCAAUCCACGAGGUUCGCGGACGUGAUAGCGUCGGUGCUAAGAUGGACUCCAUGGACUUGGAGCGUGAAAAGGGUAUUACCAUUCAAUCUGCUGCAACCUUCUGUGACUGGGUCAAGAAGGACAAGGAGGGCGUCGACCAGAAGUACCACGUCAACUUGAUUGACACCCCCGGUCACAUUGAUUUCACCAUCGAAGUUGAGCGAGCACUGCGCGUUCUUGACGGAGCUGUCAUGAUCCUAUGUGCCGUUUCUGGUGUCCAAUCUCAAACCAUUACCGUCGACCGUCAAAUGCGCCGUUACAACGUCCCUCGUAUUUCCUUCGUCAACAAGAUGGACCGUAUGGGUGCCAACCCUUUCAAGGCAAUUGACCAGAUCAACCAAAAGCUUAAAAUUCAUGCCGCUGCUGUUCAGGUGCCUAUUGGUGCGGAAGAUGAGUUCGAGGGUGUUGUCGAUCUAAUUCGCAUGAAGACGAUCUACAAUGUUGGCGAGAAUGGUGAGGAACUCAAGGAGACCGAUGAGAUCCCUAACAAGGUCAAGGACAUUGCCAAGGAGCGUAGAGCUAUGCUCAUCGAAACCCUUGCUGAUGUCGAUGAUGAGAUUGCUGAGAUCUUCCUCGACGAAGGUGAACCCACCGAGGACCAGCUGCGUGCUGCUAUUCGUCGUGCGACCAUCAGCCUCAAGUUCACUCCCGUCUUCAUGGGUUCUGCCCUUGCUAACAAGUCCGUGCAACCUAUGCUGGACGGUGUUAUUGACUUCCUUCCCAACCCCUCCGAGGUGGAGAAUCUUGCCCUCGACCAGAAGCGCAAUGAAGCUUCUGUCAAGCUUGUCCCCUAUAACUCCCUUCCCUUCGUUGGUCUCGCGUUCAAGCUGGAAGAGAGUAACUUCGGUCAAUUGACCUAUAUCCGUGUGUACCAGGGUACCCUGCGCAAGAGUGCCAACGUGUUCAACGCUCGCAACAACAAGAAGGUCAAGAUCCCUCGCAUUGUGCGUAUGCACUCGAACGAGAUGGAGGAGGUCAAUGAAAUUGGUGCUGGUGAAAUUUGCGCCGUUUUUGGUGUUGACUGUGCCUCCGGUGAUACUUUCACUGAUGGACAGCUGGGUUACAGCAUGAGUUCCAUGUUCGUUCCUGAGCCCGUCAUCUCGCUUUCCAUCAAGCCCAAGCAGAGCAAGGAUGCCGCCAACUUCUCCAAGGCCAUGGCCCGUUUCCAGAGAGAGGACCCUACUUUCCGUGUGACCUACGACAGUGAGAGUGAGCAGACCAUCAUUUCCGGUAUGGGUGAGCUUCAUCUCGAUAUUUACGUUGAGCGUAUGCGCCGUGAGUACCGUGUUGACUGCGAGACUGGUCAGCCUCAGGUCGCUUACCGUGAAACCAUUGGAAACCGUAUUGAGUUUGACCACCUGCUGAAGAAGCAGACUGGUGGUGCUGGUGACUUUGCCCGUGUUAUGGGAUGGAUGGAGCCUACUGGUGCUCUCGAAGAGAACAAGUUCGAGCAGCAGGUUGUUGGUGGUAGCAUUUCCGAGAAGUUCCUGUUUGCUUGUGAGAAGGGUUUCAACCUCUCCUGCGAGAAGGGUCCCUUGGUUGGGCACAAGAUUCUGGGUACUCGCAUGGUCAUUAACGACGGUGCUACUCACAUGACCGAUUCUUCUGAGAUGGCUUUCAAGAACGCCACUCAACAGGCUUUCCGUAAGGCUUUCAUGGGCAGUAACCCCUCCAUUCUCGAGCCCUUGAUGAAGACUGUUGUCACCGCUCCCUCCGAGUUCCAGGGUGAUGUGAUCGGUCUUCUGAACAAGCGUGGUGCUACCAUCAACGACACCGAGACUGGCGUUGACGAGUUUACUAUCUUUGCCGACUGCAGUCUGAACGGCAUGUUCGGCUUCAGCUCCAACCUCCGUGCCGCCACCCAAGGCAAGGGUGAAUACACCAUGGAGUUCAGCCACUACGAGAAGGCUCCUCCCCAGGUGCAGUAA